UGCAUUGUCGGUUAUUCAUAGCGUAUAGAAAAAGAAAAGUGUUUAUUAUCCUUCGUCUUUCUCGAACGCAAAUUUCGUCCCACGUUUAAACGAUCAAUUUAUCGUGCAGCUGACUUACCGGCGGGGUUCGCAAGUCUACCGGACUCAGCGUCGGCGGUUUUACAGAGAAGGCGGACGGAGAUUCCGAUGGGUAAUACGUAUUGUGUUUUGUUCGGCUGCGUGGAGCAAGCGAGUGUGGGGGUGGUUGAGAGAUGGGGAAGGUUUGAAAAAUUGGCUCAGCCUGGGCUCCAUUUCUUCAACCCUUUUGCAGGCCAGUGCCUUGCCGGAUUCCUCUCCACUAGGAUUUCCUCCCUUGAUGUUCGUAUUGAGACCAAGACCAAGGAUAAUGUCUUUGUGCAAUUGCUGUGUUCAAUUCAGUACCGGGUCAUCAAAGAAAAUGCUCAUGAUGCAUUUUAUGAGUUGCAAAAUCCCCAAGAACAGAUUCAGGCCUACGUGUUUGAUGUGGUUCGUGCCGUUGUCCCUAGAAUGAAUUUGGAUGAACUCUUUGAACAAAAGGGUGAAGUUGCUAAAGCUGUAUCGGAGGAACUUGAGAAGGUGAUGGGAGACUAUGGAUAUAGUAUAGAGCACAUUUUAAUGGUCGAUAUAAUACCAGAUGCUUCGGUGCGCAGCGCAAUGAAUGAGAUUAAUGCAGCUCAAAGGCUUCAACUUGCUAGUGUAUACAAAGGCGAAGCGGAGAAGGUGCUCCUAGUAAAAAAGGCAGAAGCUGAAGCUGAAGCGAAAUACCUUGGCGGGGUCGGUGUGGCGAGGCAGAGACAGGCAAUCACAGAUGGUCUGAGAGAGAAUAUCUUGAACUUCUCCCAUAGGGUGGAAGGUACCUCAGCUAAAGAGGUAAUGGAUCUGAUCUUGAUUACUCAAUAUUUUGACACCAUCAAGGACCUUGGAAAUUCAUCCAAGAACACAACUGUGUUCAUUCCUCAUGGUCCGGGCCAUGUUAGAGAUGUAAGCGACCAAAUACGCAGCGGGAUGAUGGAGGCUGCGAGCGCACAGGCAGGGCUUACUAAUGAUGAGGUGAACAUCAAUUUACUCCACUGAUUCAGCAAGUACCUGCACCACCAUGUGUAUCUCUUCUUUUAUCCAACUAUGAAAAAAUGUUCUUUACAUUUUAAUAAUAAUUUCCGAUUCGAUACGUGUUUUGAUUUGAUGUAUAGAAAGAGUCCGAGGGUUGAUAUUCAAUAAUGGAAAAUGAUUCUUCUGAUAUAUAGAUUUUAUUAUUCCC